AUGGCGCAUCAACGCUGCUCCGCACUCCUGCCGCGGAGGAGCACCAAGGGUGGGCGGCGGGGCGACCUCCGCCCUGCAUCCUCGGUGCACCUGCCGCUGCUCUGCGCGUGCCUAAUCCUGCUGUCACUACAGCAGCCCCUGCGCGCUGAUGCUGCCGUCACCGACGUGUACAAGCCCUUCUGCAACAGCAGCAGCUACUUGGAUCCUCCCCCCAGUGGUGAGACCGCGGCAGCCUCCUUGCAAUCCGCCUUCCACUCCGCCUUUCAAUCCGCCUUUCAUUCCGCCAUUUAUGACGCGCCAGUUUCGGACAAGACUCUUUGGCGCAUCCCCUCUGCUCCCCUCUCCCAACUAAGUCGAACCCACUCCAACGUCACGCUCUACCUCCUCGAGAUUAACGGCCGGCUCAAGUGCGUGUCGGUGGAGGCGCUGGGUCCGCUGCAGGUAAUGGCGGCGUUCAUUUUAAAUCAGGGCCGCGUCACCGUCGGCACGGCCGCGGCGUCGUACCGCGGCCGGCUAACCGUCAAUCUUACCGGCGCCGCCAACGAGCUCACCAUCACGCGGCCGCCCGCCGCGCCGUCCCAGCCGCGGUCCGUGGGCGUCCGCGUGUUCGCAACCGUCGGCGGGCGGCUCGAGCUCAACGGCAUGUACGGCAACGCGCCCUCGUGGACCACGCUCGCCGCGACUGCCGCCGCGGGCGCGACGAGCGUUCGGGUGAAGGGCGACGUGACGGCGUGGCCGGUGGGCGGGGUGAUCGCGAUCGCGUCGACGGAUUUCGACCGUUACCAGGCGGAGAACUUCACAAUCACGUCCGUGACUGCCGGUCCGGGCAACACGACGGUGCUGGGGCUGGGCGGCGCGCUGGCGUGGAUGCACUGGGGAGAGGCAGUAACAUCAGGCGCCGCGGGGGGAAGCGCGACGGUGGACGAGGCGGCGGAGGUGGCGCUGCUGUCGCGCGCGAUCGUGAUUCAGGGCCACCAGAACCCCGAGGACCCGCUAAUCGGCGGGCAUUUCAUGGUGAUGCAGACGGCAGAGCGGCAACUCAUCAAAGGCGUCGAGCUCGUCAACAUGGGCCAGCAGGGCAGCCUCGGCCGCUACCCCAUGCACUUCCAUCUCUGCCAGGAUGUGUCUGGUUCCGUGGUCAGCAGCUGCAGCGUGCAUGAUAGUAACCAGCGGUGCUACGUGGUGCACGGCACGUGGAAUCUGCGGCUGGAGUGGAACCUGGGGGUUAAUACCAAGGGGCACUGCUUCUUGUUGGAGGAUGCGAUUGAGUUUGGCAACACGUUUGUCAACAACCUUGGCUUCCUGCAGGAGCCAGUGAAGCGUCUGCUGCAGCCCACGGACGCCAUACCAGCCACACAGAGCGACGACGUGCCGUCGACGUUUUGGAUCACCAACCCCAACAACACGUUCAUCGGGAAUGUCGCUGCGGGGUCGUUCGACUCGGGCUUCUGGUUCCAACUACCGGGGCGGGUGGAGGGGCCGUCAGCGCUCUUCCCGAACGCGGCAGGGGUGACGCCGUUCCUGAUCCCCUUGGGCCCGUUCGUGGGCAAUGCAGCGCACUCCAACGGCCGUGCGGGGCUGCGCACGUACCCCUCAGGGUACCGCCCUCGCCUCAACGGGGGGGUCUCCAACGUGCAGGAAAAGUCCGGGAUCAACGCGCCGCAAGUGAACAUCACAAUGACGAGCUUCCGGGCGUACAAGAACCAGUUCAUAGGCAUGUUCAUUCACAACUCGGAUGGGUUGCACAUCAGGGGAGCGCGGGUGGCGGACAAUGCAGUGGUGGGCAUCGAGCUCAAUCGCGACCAGGCCGUUGUGAUAGCGGACUCAGUGUUCAUAGGCGAGUCGGCCAACAUAGGCAACCCCACCAUGUGCGACAACCCCAGCAACACCUUUGGCGGCUGCAAGGCGCUCGCCUCUGCUGGCGUCUGUGACCUGCCGCUGCCGCUCGCCAAGGCACGCUCCAACAGUCGAACAGUGAGCCGCUACGCACCCAAGUACGGCAUUCUGAUCGACCAGGCGGACCCACCGGCCCACGGGUGGAGCAUGGGUGUGCCCCACCGUAUUGUCAACUGCUCCUUCUCUGGCUACUACCCCCGCUGCCAACCUGCUGCCGGCAUCUCACCCAACGGGCAUUCAGCAUACAUCUGGCCGGCAACCUACACAAGCAGCAGGCUCACUUUCCCUGAUGCCACCUCCCCCGCGCUCUACCUCGUCCCGCGCAACCGCGGCCAGCUGGGCUUUGAUGGCGGGUACGGGGAUGCGGGUCCGCUGGCAGGCACGUACGUGUGGCGCGACGAGGACGGGUCGGUGGUUGGCAGGAGUGGAGGAUUUGCUGUUGCAAAUAAUACUGCGCUGCUGCCGGCAGGGGAUGUGUGCACUGCGAAACCUGAAUGGAACGGCUAUGCUUGUCCAGGCACGUGCUACCGCACUGUCUCCAUCCAAGGGGGUAGCGCAAGCUUCACACUGAUCCCAGCCGGAGGCAGCAGCAACGGCAGCAGCGGGGGAGUUGCGAGCAUACCGAGCAACGGCGCGCAGUUCGUGAACGUUCUGGCGGGGAGAGCGUAUGUGGUGACGCCUGGAGGAGGGAGCGGAUCUGGUGCUGCUGCAGCUGCACCAGCGGCGUAUACAGUGUCGUAUGCGGACGGGGGGUUUGGAUGCACGCUGCCCGUGGUGCUGCAGUUCCCGCUGCCCCGUGCGGGGUACACGUGGCAGCUGGCUCCCUCUGAUGAUAUCUUCUGGCAGGCGUGCAGCGGAGUGACAUUACCAUUCGCCACGAUAGCCCAGGCGCAGUGGCUGUGUCUGGACGCUGCUCCCGUGCUGCAGGUGUCCCUCGGUGCCAACUCCUCCGCCACUGUCGUGCUCACGCAGGUUCCCGGCAACUUCUCCUGCGUGAACAUCCAAUGCGGCAUAAUUCCGCCGUCUGCCAACUGGAGUUACAGCGAUACCAUGAAGUACCCCCCUGAGUUCCUCGCAUAUGCGCCGCCCGCCAGGUGGAAGGUGGGGCGCGCGCCCUUUGGCUACGGCGGGCAGGGCGAGGUCACCACCGUCGCACACGCUGGCCCGGGCGCGCUGGCAUGGUAUUUCCGCGCGUCCUUCUCGCUCAAGUACGCGGGGUGCUACCGCUCGCUGCUGUUCGGGUACAAGGCAAGUGACGGCAUCGUGGUGUAUGUCAACGGCGCCGAGGCCUUCCGCUCCAACAUGCCUGCUGCUUCCUCCUCCACACCUGUUACCAUCUCCACGCCCGCCGUGAUAGACGCGAGUCCAAGGGCCCCCUGGUCCACAACCAUAGUGGCAGUGAGCAACGUGCGGCUCAUGUCGGGGCGCAACUCAAUCAUGGUGGAGCUGCAUGCCACACAGGCGUACGCAUGGGAGGUGCACCUCAACAUGUGGGUCGCUGCUGUCGGCUCUAGCUGCCCCCUCACGCGCUUCUUUGACCAGCGAUCCUCGCUCGCGUUCACCGCUGCCGCUGCCGGCAUUGGCGCUGGCGCUUCUGCCGGCAAGUGA